AUGGCUACUACUGCGGCGUGUUCAUGGAGUAUAUUGGUAUCGGUAAUGGCGGUGCUGGUAAUAUUGCCAUCGCCAGGGACGUGCUUUGACAUAACAAAGCUACUAUCGCGAUACCCGACAUUCAGCAGCUUCAGCAACUAUUUGGCGCAGACACAGUUGGCAGAGGAGGUGAACAAGAGGGCAGCCAUAACGGUGUUGGCGGUGGACAAUGCCGGGAUAGCGCCCUUGUCGGGGAAAUCCAUGGACCUCAUAAAGAAGCUCUUGAGCCUGCACGUCAUACUUGACUACUUUGACGUCCAGAAGUUCCAGCAUAUUGGGAACAGAACCGUCACCGCCACCACUCUCUUCCAAACAACAGGCCAAGCCCAAGACAUGCAGGGAUUCUUGCAGAUUACCAACGUUGCCACCGGGGGGGCCGUCAUCUUUACCUCCGCCUCCGACCUAAAAGCUCCAGGCGUCAAUCUCAUCAAAGCCAUUGCCGCACAACCUUACAACAUAUCGGUGGUGCAAGUUAGCACCAUCCUCAUGCCCCCCAGUAUCACCGGAGAUAGAACUGGAAAUAGUGGAAACGGAAAUGGAACUGCAAAUGCCACCUCUCCAACCCAACCUGUCAUCCCCGUUCCCGUUAAUCCUCCCGCAGUGUCACCAGUUCCACCUAAAUUUCCCGCCCCGGUUCCAGUUCAAUCCCCCGUGCCUGUAGUUUCCCCAGUUCCAGUCAAGUCUCCGGUGCCUGUUUUGUCUCCUGUCCCAGUAGUGUCGCCGGUGCCGGUGGUUGCACCGGUUCCAGAAAAGUCCCUCGUGCCCGUAGUGUCUCCAGUGCCGGUGGUCGCACCAGUUCCAGUGAAUUCCCCGGUUCCGGUAGCAUCUCCCGUUCCCGUAGUAUCACCAGUUCCGGUAGUGUCACCAGUGCCGGUAGUGUCACCAGUUCCGGUAGUGUCACCAGUCCCGGUAGUGUCACCGGUGCCGGUAGCAUCGCCCGUUCCAGCAGUGUCCCCAAUUCCCGUAUCAUCGCCCGUGCCAAUAGUGUCACCGGUUCCAGUAGUAUCGCCUGUUCCCGUGGUGUCACCAGUGCCAGUAGCUUCGCCGGUUCCAGUAACAUCGCCAGCUCCAGAAGUAUCACCGGCAGCUGUGAUGCCUAAGCCUGUGGCCCCAAGUCCUUCAGAAGAUGAGGGAAAUAAUGGUUCUAAUAAUUCGGGGGUAGCUUUUGAUGGUGUGAAUAUGGCUUUGUCAAUUGCCCUUACUUUGUUUGGUAUCUAUCUCUCUCACUAUACAUAUUGA